AAAAUCAAGUUUCUUGUUGUAUUCUGGAAUGAGGUCAGACACGAGGCUUCUCAUUGCACGCGCUGAUUAUUAUUAGAAUCCUUUGCGCGCCAAUCAGGUGCGAGAGGGGGCGUGGCCUGGCCCCAAGCAGCGUAGCGACAGCGUAGGGGCACUCUGAUUGGUGGAUUUUUAUCGCCGUUGUAUGAGAGAGGAAUAAAUGCAGGCAAGGGGGGCAGCAGUCUGAAGGGGUGCUUGAAACAGCGACUGUUAGUCUUUGCAGAUGGGAGGCAGGGGAGUGUGAGUUGCUCUAGCUUGUAUUUUUUUUCCUUCUUCUUUCCCCUACCACAGCAUGCACGGCUUUUGAUUCUUGGAGUAGAUGCAGAGAAAAAGCACUUACUUUUACACAUUGUAUACUUGGGGGCCCUUUGUAAGUGCCUGAGCGCAUGUGUGGGCACUCUGCUCCUGCAGCAGUGUAGAUUGUGUUCAGUGAUCACAGGGCUGUGUUUUUUUUUUUUAUUCCAACACCGAUUAUACGCUCCAAAACAGAGACGAACUGUUUUAACACCAACAGCACCUGGAAGUUAAACCUUUUUUUAUGCAUGUAGCCUUUUUAGGCAACUCUGGACUGUGUUUUCGAGUAUCCUGCGCAUCUCAGGAGUGAAUAACUGCUUGCACUGUUUGCACUCAGCACAAACUGUCAGAGUGGGAGAAAAGAGCUGAGCUUGCUUUAAAGUGAACCAGAGGAACCCAGGAGAGAGGGGGGAGAAAGAGCAAGCAUCCCGCUCUUACUUUAAUCGGACAGCAUGGUGCAGAAAAUGAGCCACACAGAGAGCACCGCCGAGGCGCUGUCCUUUUUUACCGGGGACUCAGGCUCCGACUCCGGGGCAAGCAUGGAUCUGGACCCGGCCGCCUCGCCUCUCUCCCCGGCGGGCUCCGCAGCCUCCUCCACCGCCGGCGACAAGCUCGGGGAGAAUCCGGCGUGGUGCAAAACUCCCAGCGGCCACAUCAAGAGACCCAUGAACGCAUUCAUGGUGUGGUCGCAGAUAGAGAGGAGGAAGAUCAUGGAGCAGUCCCCGGACAUGCACAACGCAGAGAUCUCUAAGCGGCUGGGGAAGCGCUGGAAGCUGCUGAGAGACAGCGACAAGAUCCCCUUCAUCAGAGAGGCAGAGCGGCUUCGGCUUAAGCACAUGGCGGACUAUCCCGACUACAAGUACCGACCGAGGAAGAAGGUAAAGUCGAGCGCGUCUAAGGCUGGCAGCAGCAGCGACAGAGGAGAAAAAGUUACCGGUAGCUCAAACAACACCAGCACUAAGACGUCCUCAUCUGCGAGGAAGAACGGAUCGAAAUCACCCAGCAGCAGCAGCAGCAGCAGCAGCAGCAGCAACAAACCCCAAAAAUCACUUUUCGGGAGCAGCAGUAGCACCAAAGCUUCGCUGUUUGCCUCUGAGCACCAGUCAGAGCACCACCACAACUCUCUCUACAAGUCCAAAUCUGUCUCCUCGGCUGCCAAGCAGAUACCCGAUGCCAAGAAGCCCAAGAGAGUAUACGUUUUCGGAAGCGGCGCGGCCAGUCUGAGCGUCAGCCCCACGUCCUCCGUGGUGGUGCCGGCUAGUCCUACGCUCAGCAGCUCGGCGGACUCUAGCGACCCGCUCAGUCUCUACGAGGACGCGGCCAGCGGCAGAGAGGAAGGCGCCGACUCCCCAAGCAGCAGCAGCAGCAGCAGCUUCGGCGGAGCUUCGGAGCGCCGCAGCGGCCACACGUACAGCAACACUCGGCGGGCUUCUUCGCCUACUCCCUCUGGGUCGCACUCCUCCGUCUCUUCCUCCUCGUCUUCCUCGGAGGACGAGGAGUUCGAGGACGACUUGCUGGACGUCAACCCGAGUCCGAGCUUCGACAGCAUGUCGCUGGGGAGCUUCGGCUCCUCGGUCCUGGACAGGGACUGGGACGUGAACGGCGAGUCCGUCUGCGGGGGUUCCCACUUCGAGUUCCCCGACUACUGUACGCCCGAAGUCAGCGAGAUGAUAUCGGGAGACUGGCUGGAGUCCACCAUCUCCAACCUGGUGUUCACAUACUGACUGAGUGCUAAAACUCGCAGACGCAAACAGAAGCAGAGGAGCUCUUGCUUACCAGUGGGUUUCACUACUGCAAACCCCGUCCCUGCAAAUCCUUGGAAAGCUUAACUCUAAAGCGAAUAACUUGCUUUUUUCGGGACUUUUCUUCGGAUGCCUGGACUGAGGGAGUCGGAGGGGAGCCGUCCAAACAAGAGGAGACAAAAAAAAAAAAAAAAAAAAAAAAAAAAGACAGAGUUUCCUGACAGCUCAGUGCAGGACUGUUUUUAAACUGAGUAACUUAACUGUGAUUGAUUUGCACGUUAUGCGGUCCGCCGUACACUUAAUCAAUGUCGUUAAUGAAUUUUUGAGAGAAAAAAGGGACAUUUUCACAACUUUUUAACCAAUCGCCAAGUGAACUUCGCCACUAAAGAAAAAACAAAAAAAAAACAAACAAGCAAACAAAAAAGGUACAGACUAGGACUGCCGUGCGACAGUUUUUUUUUUUUUUUUUUACUGUAUCACCAAGAGGCUUUUUUUAAAAAAUGAAACCGAGGUGGGUUGAUGUUUUUUAAAAGUUAUUUUCUCAAGAAACAAAAAAGACGUGUUUAGCAUGAUAGCCUACUUUGUUCCUAUAUCUUGUGCUGAGAUUUUCUGUGCGACUGUUUGAGCAGUUUGUAAACUAGUAUUAGGGUUAUUUAAAAGGAUCUAGGUGGCGCUCACUUCGGUUCUACUUUUUUACGGAGAGAAAAAAAAAGGACUUUGAAAUAAUCACCAGCUCACUUCAGGACACAAACACAACUUCAAGUCUGUGCUUAACUGUAUUGCUACAUUUCUUUCCCUCUACCAGGACCAAAAUUCUAUAAUGUUAUUUUCCAGAACAUAGCUAUAGAGAAAUCAUCAUCGAUUUCUAUUUUGUUUUUGUUUUGUACAUGUAUUCAGAUGCCAUUUUUAUAUGGGGAUGCUGUAUUUAUAUACUGGGCCAAGCAUCUUUUGUUUUGCUAGUUCUUUUAUACAUGAUCCUGUCAGUAUGUCUGUGUCUGUCACAUUUCCUUCUCAGGCGAAGGGCUAGAGUUUUAAGAACACACAACCUUUUUAAUUUCCUUUUUAUAUUUAAAUGUACACACUUUUUUGGACACUUAAAAGAGAAGAAACAGUUUGAUUAUUUUCUCAGUGUAUUUUUGUACAAAUCUAUAUUGAACACGGGGGCAUGUGUAGCCUAACUAAUACAGCUGUAUUGGAUUUCCUUGUUUUUUAAUGCCCUCAACAGGCUGGUUUUUUUCAUGCUGCCUUCAAGUGCUUAUGGUAAGCUUGUUACUUUGGGCUCAGUUACUUUAGUAGAUUGGAUCAAGCAGUAGAGCUGUCCGUUUUGUAUCCUUGCGGUGCCUGUUGUUGGACUUAUUCUUUCAAAUUUAAAGAUACACUUCCACUUUUUUGACAGAAAAGGUGAGUUAGUAGAAAUCAGGUAGGUAGGCCUUAUUUGUCUUCUUUCACAAAAAAAUUCAGAAACACUCUUUAAGUCCUCUUUGAUGUCAAACCCUUAAACAUCUGCAGCACAGACGGGAAGGUGAUUAGGACAUAAUUGCGAUUUUUCCGACAGCACUUGAAAGCAGCACCAGUCUCAGCCCCCUUUUCCAACGUUUACAGUGCCAGACUGCAGGCUCAUUUUUUUAAAGACACAGGAGCACGAGUCUUUUUUAAGAGGCUCUUCCUGUGGGACCAUGUGGUUUAAACAGCAGCACUAUCCUAAAAAGCAGUCACUUGCUUUCUUGCUUUUUUUUUUUUUUAAAUCAUAUUUUUUGCGUCCAACGUCUUGAAGAUUGUAGCUUUAAAUUUGACUUUGUUUCUUGAUGUUUUCACUCACUGAUGUCACAUCUUGCCAUUCGGCCAGUGGUUUGGGGCGGGCUGUCCAUAUCACAAACAAACAAAGAUGACAACAUCAAGCAUAUUCAAAUUUCUGACCUGAGUUGCGCAACACUUUCUUGUACUGCGUUUCUCAUUGUAUUUGAAUAUAUAAUCUUUUCUACUUGUCGGCUAACUACUAGCUAAUAAUUGUUUUAGUAUCUUUAUGGCAUGGUGAAUAGCAUUUGUAUUUCAGAUUCAGGUUAUUAUUAGCUGUUGUGUUUUUUCAGAAAAAAGAACGGAGACGAAAAAAAGAGGAAAAAAACAAUGAACUUGAUCUUUGUAUAUUUGACUGUACCAUAAAGCAAAAAGAUUGUGUGUUUAUGUACGUUGUUGCUAUCGAGGACAGGCACUGUUUAGAACUGCUAUCUUUUACACAUCCUUACUUACAUUUAAGGUGGUCAGUUCAGACUGUUUUUUUUUGUUUUAUAUAUAUAUAAAUAUAUGAAAGCAUUUUUAAAUAUAUUAACUUUAUUUUUCAUCCAUCCUGUGCAAUAUGCUGUGUAGAAUUAUCAUUUAUUGUCUUUAAUCAUGCCAUAAACAAAGAAGCCACCUCUUUUUUCUGAUUAAAAAGGGGGUAGGUUGACUCAUGCCAGCUAAAUUUUGUCCAUUCACUGCCUGUCAGAUUGUUGAUACAAACUUGUGUACAGAACUUUUUCAAGGAAGGAAAUAAAUAUCAGCUGGAACUGAAA